CUAUCUCCGUGCCUGUAAGAACAUGGCUCACACGAGAAUUUCUGCCAAACUACCUCCGCAUAUCGACCCGACCAAAGCACCGGUCGCUUUCGGGGAGAGAGCUGUGCCCAAACUCAGCCGGGAGCUGGUCGAUCUUGAUCUCAUCACUAGGCAGCGAGCGCUCAUGGCCCUCUGUGACCUCAUCCACGACCCCGAGUUAGCUUAUACGGCCGUGAUGGUCGGUUGUAUGCCAAACUUGAAGCUCCUAUUGUGUGAUGAUGAUGCUACUGUCCGCCGGAAGUCCACAGAAAUUUUCUAUAUUUUGGCCACCCAUAGUAUUGGGAGGUUUGCAAUUAUGGAAUUUGAAGCAAUUGCUCCACUUGCUGAUCUGCUCAAUGAUCCUGUGGAUAUUUGUCGCAGAAACAUGCACAUGGCUCUCGAGAUGCUUUCAGAGAUUCCUUCAGUUGUUCAGAUGGUGUUCAGCUAG